UGCAGGUGCAGUUCCGCCCCGUACUUUGCAGGACGUCACCGCGGACUGCAGGGGCUGAGCCAUCGCCACACCGCCGCCGCCGCUGUCAAGCAGCCCAACGCCAGCUCUCGGGGCCCGGUUGCCGCCACCGCCGGAGAAGUCGCUGCCGUUCGGUCGCUGCCGCCUGGGUGCAGGUCGAGAUGGCGUCUGCCACAGACUCGCGCUAUGGGCAGAAGGAGUCCUCAGACCAGAACUUCGACUACAUGUUCAAGAUCCUGAUCAUCGGCAACAGCAGCGUGGGGAAGACGUCCUUUCUCUUCCGCUAUGCUGACGACUCCUUCACGCCCGCCUUCGUCAGCACCGUGGGCAUUGAUUUCAAGGUCAAGACCAUUUACCGCAAUGACAAGAGGAUCAAGCUACAGAUCUGGGACACCGCAGGGCAGGAGCGGUACCGCACCAUCACCACUGCCUACUACCGUGGCGCCAUGGGCUUCAUCCUCAUGUACGACAUCACAAACGAGGAGUCCUUCAACGCUGUGCAGGACUGGUCCACUCAAAUCAAGACCUACUCAUGGGACAAUGCCCAGGUACUGCUGGUGGGGAACAAGUGUGACAUGGAAGACGAGCGGGUGGUUUCGUCGGAACGAGGCCGGCAGCUAGCUGACCACCUCGGGUUCGAGUUCUUCGAGGCGAGCGCUAAGGACAACAUCAACGUCAAGCAGACCUUCGAGCGCCUGGUGGACGUCAUCUGCGAGAAGAUGUCAGAGUCCUUGGACACGGCAGACCCCGCGGUCACGGGCGCCAAGCAGGGCCCGCAGCUCAGCGACCAGCAGGUGCCCCCGCACCAGGACUGCGCCUGCUGAGGCCUGGGCCCCCACCCUCCCGGCUCAAACCCCGCCCCCUGCCACCCCUAUUUAUUAUCGUAGCUCUUUAUUUAUUGGUUGAGGAAGGCCCGCCCUGCCCUGUACAUACAGCCCCGCCCCGCCCCACGGUUCCAGACCCCAUCCCCCGGUUGGUUUUUCUAAUUCACCCAUCACGGUUGGUUGUGAAGAGGGGGCCCGGUGACACCCCCAGCAGGCUAGACAGGUGACAGGAGGUGGCUGGCUGCCCGCCCUGGGCCCUGCAGGGGCCCGAGGCCACUACUCUGGGGACCCUGUGGACCGGGGGGGGGGGUCAGCAUCCACCAAUGCCUGCCGGGUCCUCCUACGGUCUCAGCAUUCUGGGUGGGUGGGUGCCGAGGGCCCCCAGACUUGUUCUGACGUCAUGAGUGUCCAACGUGCCCCCCAGUUCCCUAGGAAAUGUCACGACUCUACCACAUUCAAAUAAAGCGAAUGGACCACGCGA